AUGACAGAGGAGCGAGUAAAGGACUCCCUCUCAGAGAAACACAGUGUGAGAUCAGGAUCAUGUGUGUCCAGCUCUGUGUCUCUGAAAAGUGACCAGUCUAAAGGUCCUCCACCAAACUUCAGUGAGAAAACACCAUCAUCUAUCAAAAGUGUGAGAUCAGGAUCAUGUGUGUCCAGCUCUGUGUCUCUAAAGAGUGACUGGUCUAAAGAGGGUCAAAUACCAAACUUCAGUGAGAAAACGCCAUCAUCUGCCCAAAGGGUUGAAUAUGAGUUAACAGAUUCAAGAGACGAGACUCACAGGAGACACAAGAGUUUCUCAGACAAUCUCCAGUGGAUCUUCCAGAAACUUGAGAGGAAAAUUAUCAGAUUUCUGAAGAAUGAACUGGAAAAGUUAAAGACAAUCUUACAAGAUGAAGACAGACAAGAGUUUGUAAAAGACUUUAAUGAGAAUAGAUGCAGUAUCACAGAAGCAGCUCUUGAUCUCACACUCUUCUUCCUGAGAAAGAUGAAGCAAGAUGAAGCUGCUGAUACCCUCGAGGGUGAGCUGUUCUUCAUAAAUGAGUUAAAAGGCAGCCUAAAGAAAAAAUAUCAAAGUGUGUUUGAAGGAAUCUCUCAGCAAGGAGACUCCACACUUCUGAAUAACAUCUACACAGAUCUCUAUAUCACUCAGGGUGCGAGUGAACAGGUCAACACUGAACAUGAGAUAAGACAGAUUGAAGCUGCUUCUAGACGUCAUCAAUCACUAGACAUACAGGUUGAAUGCAAACAUUUGUUUGAAGCACCUGAACAAGACAAGCAAAUCAGAACUGUCCUGACAAGAGGAGUUGCUGGCAUCGGGAAAUCAGUCUCUGUGCAAAAGUUUGUUCUGGAUUGGGCUGAAGGAAAAGAAAAUCAAGACAUCAGCUUCAUAUUUCCUCUUCCAUUCAGAGAGAUGAACUUAAAGGAGAAAGAAAGACAAAGUUUAAAAGACCUCAUAACUCAGUUUUUCCCAGAGACUAAAGGACUGAACCUUACAAGAAGGACACGAUUCAAAAUCUUGUUCAUCCUUGAUGGAUUGGAUGAAUGUCGUCUUCCUCUGAACUUUGCUGGUAAAGAGACGUGUCGUGAUGUUUCGUCAACAGUCCCUCUGGAUGUUCUCCUGACGAACCUCAUCAAGGGAAAUCUGCUUCCUUCUGCUCUCAUCUGGAUCACCAGCAGACCAGCAGCUGCCGGUAAGAUUCCUGCAGACUGUAUCGACCAACUGACAGAAAUAAGAGGAUUCAAUGAUGCCCAAAAGGAGGAGUACUUCAGAAAGAGACUCACAGAUCAGAAUCAGGCCAGAGAAAUCAUUGAUCACAUUAAACAGUCAAAGAGUCUCUUUAUUAUGUGCCACAUCCCAGUCUUCUGCUGGAUUUCAGCCACUGUUCUCCAGAAAAUUUUGAAACUGAAACACAGGGCUAAUGGUGAAACACUGCAGGAAUCUCCCAAGACUCUGACACAGAUGUACACACACUUUCUCCGCUUUCAGAUUCAGCAGAGCAGAAGAAAGUAUGAUGGAGAAAACACACCAGAUGUUUCCUGGGAUCGAAACCUCAUACUUUCACUGGGGAAACUGGCCUUUCAGCAGCUGGAAAGAAACAAUGUGAUCUUCUAUGAGAGCGAUCUGAAAGACUGUGGCAUUGACAUCUAUAAGACAUCGGUGUACUCAGGCAUGUGUACUCAGAUCUUUAAGGAGACGGGAAUCAUCCUUGGUACCAUGUACUGCUUUCUUCACUUGAGCAUUCAGGAGUUCACCGCAGCCCUUUAUCAACAUCUGUUUGUAGACAGUGACAAGAAGUACUUAUCUAUUUUUAGGCAGAAAAACAAAAAUAAAGGCAUGAUUAAUAUGCUGAAGACUGCAGUGGACAAGGCUCUGGAAAGUGACAAUGGACAUCUGGAUCUUUAUCUUCGCUUCCUUCUCGGUCUGUCACUCCAAUCCAAUCAACAACUCUUGCAAGGCCUGUUGACACAGCAGGAUGACAGUGACCAGAGCAAAGAGGAAAUAAUUGAAUACAUUAAGCAGAAGCUUAAAGGGAAUCUGUCUCUAGAGAGAUCCAUCAAUCUGUUCUACUGUCUGAAUGAACUGAACGACCAAACUCUGCUGAAAGAGAUUCAGUCUCACCUUAGUAGAGGAAGUCUGUCAUCUGCUCUCCUUUCACCUGCCCAGUGGUCUGCGCUGGUCUUUGUGUUGUUGACCUCAGAGGAGGAGCUGGAGGAGUUUGAGCUUCAGAAAUUCCAGAAAUCAGACGAGUGUCUCAUCAGACUAUCAGCAGUCAUCAAAACCUCCAAAAGAGCUCUGUAA